GGGCUACUUGUGACUCGGAAGGAGACGGUAUAAAACCCACGUGUUUGGGGAAGGAGAACCGCAUCAUUUCAAAAUGCGGCACCUACAUAUCCUUUUCUAUUUGAUCUCGUCCGGCCUACUUGGGGCCAAUGGGAUCCUCGACAUCCACUUCCAACCCCACCCAUCGUAUUUCCAAGACGAAGCACUACUGAUGUGGAUGCUGCGAGGGCUGCAGGACAGCUAUAUCACCGUUGUCUAUCGUGAUGCCCGGCUGGAUGCUAGAGACGGACUGACCAAAGGAAUACCCCGCGAAAUGGCCACGGUGGAAUUCGGAAUGGAUGCCGGAUCAGUGCCUAAGGUGGACACGGAUGCCUGGGAUGAGGGAUCGUACUUGCAACAUACUUUCAUCUUCCUCUCUCGUGACCGUCGGCUCAUCAACAGGACUCUGGAAUCCAAUGAAGAACUACUGAAAGGUACGACGAAUGUUUUCGUGUACCUGGGAACCCUGAGUGAAUCCAUGGUGAAGUCCUUCUACAAGGCCUUCCCUGGGGAGAACACCUACCUCUUCGGAUACAUGCCCCUGACGGAGAACUACUGA